AUUCUCUUUUUUAGUGUCUUUUCUCAGCCACUUAUAUUUUUAUAAUCACAACCCCUUGACCUUCUUUGCUCUUUCAUCAGAUAAGAAUAGCCUUAGAAACAAGUUUAUUUUAACUUGCAUCAGGAUCUUCUUCGUGAUUUCCAAUCUUUUUGUGAUCUUCAGUUGGGCACGCUUCCAGUCGUUAAAAAAACUGUCUUCGAUUCACAUGGACGAAAACGUGCUAUACUUUUCAGGUAUCCUCAUACUACUUUGCUUGGCCUUUUGCUUUACUGUAUCCUUUUUCCUAUCAAUAUUUUCCAGAUAUUUUACAGUAUUAUGCUUGUUCUCACCACUGCUUUUUACACUCUUGUUGUAUAAUAACACGAACAACUUCUGGAUCGUUGUGGCACUUGUGGUUUCAAUCUUUUUAUCCGUAGUCACUAUCUUUGAUCUGCUGAUUAACGGUGAGGAUGUUUAUCAAAAAAUUGGAAGGGUUGCCUCAAUUAUGUGGCGUAAUAUCAUUCCCGUAUUUGCUGUCAUCUUUGUAGUCUCACUCUUCAAUGCAAUCAUGGUUUACUUCUCAUGUUUCGUGUUUGGCUACAUUAAAAACAAGCUUAUUGCCGUACUAAUCUAUUCAUUUAUCGUUGCCUGGCUAUAUGGUGCAUGCAGCGGUAUCAUUAAAGCUUUCAUCUCUUCGUACAUAUAUUCAUCACUUGGUGACAAAAAUAACCGAUUUACCACUGCUAUAUAUUCCGUAGUUUCCAUCAUUGACUCAAUUCUCUAUGCCACAUUUAUACCUGCUGUGCUUGAGUGUCUGAUAACUGCUGUUGAUUUAGUCUCUCAUUAUAUUUGUGAUAAAAGUAGUAACAAAAAGAAGUCUGGUGCGGCCAUAUCAAUAUCUGCUGGCCAGUAUAUAGCAUUGAUGGUUCUUGAGGGUAUAAGAUCGUUCCUUAUCGCCCUUAAGACUGCUGUCGAGUUUUACAAUGAGUUUCUUAUUUCCUAUCUAGCUAUAUUUGGUGGUGAGUUUGACCAAGAGGCUUUGAAAGAAUCUAUGAAAAUUAGAAGGACAAGGUCACGUCAGAGUACGGUGCUAUUCAUUUUCCUAAGAAUUGUACUUUCUGUUCUUGCAUGCGCUGCCUUGAUUGGAAUGUUGCCAUUUAACACUAAUCUUAUAUUUGAGAACUUUACUGGAAACCUACAUCUAUUGAUCGGACCAGAAACUCAAAUUGAUUCUACACAAGCCGUAUCCCUGUAUUCCUCCUUCCAGAUAUACUUCUCUGUCAUUUACUUCUGCCUCUUUGUCGCCAUCAACUUUAUUUCUUCGUACUUCAAUGGGCUGAUAGCUGCUAUGUACUUUGAUCAUAAACAGCGCAGUAAAUCGAUUAGCAUGAAGAUGUUAAGUAAUACCAGAGAUGAAAAGGCUAUUGUUGAAGACAAAACGAAACAAGCUGCUCAGUGCGCUCCUGCAGGUUAG